UCUCCCCGCAGGUGAAGUCUCCCCGCAGGUGAGCGCGCUCCGCGCAGCAUAGGGCGAACUUCUAGGUCCCACUCCGGGGAGUCGGCCUGCGGCUCCUGCCCCAGCGCUGGGCGAUGAAGACCAUGGACAAGCAGCGCCUGCUGGACGCCAGGUCUGGAACGCGGUCUUACAUGGGGUCUCUGUGGCAGAACGGGGCUGGCUGGAUUUCCGUGUCACGACCUGAGCUGGACUUGCCAUCCAUUGAGCUGCCCGUAGAUAACAAUCACUACUGCCACUCCUAGAAGGGUCCUGGUAGUGACCCCAAGAAGGAGCAGGCCCAGCGGCAGCUGUACUUGGCCUCUGCCAUCUGCCUGGUGUUCAUGACUGGGGAAAUCGUCAGUGGGUACCUAGCACAUAGCUUGGCCAUCAUGACUGAUGUAGCCCAUCUCCUCAGUGACAUUGCCAGCAUGCUCAUCAGCCUCUUCUCUCUCUGGAUGUCUUCCUGGCCGGCCACCAAGACCAUGAACUUUGGCUGGCAGUGAGCUGAGAUCCUGGGAGCCCUGCUCUCUGUGCUGUCCAUCUGGGUGGUGACGGGGGUGCUGAUGUACCAGGCGAUAGAGCGGCUAAUCUCUGGGAACUAUGAGAUCGAGGGGAAGACGAUGCUGAUUACCUCGGGCUGUGCCGUGGCUGUGAACAUCAUAAUGGGAUUAACUCUUCACCAGUCUGGCCACGGACACAGCCAUGGCCAAGGCCAAGGGCACAGCCAAGACACCAUCCAGCAGCAGGAGAACCCCAGUGUCCGAGCUGCCUUUACCCAUGUGAUCGGAGACUUGCUGCAGAGUGUGGGUGUCCUGGUGGCAGCCUUUAUUUUAUACUUCAAGCCAGAGCACAAGUACGUAGACCCCAUCUGCACCUUCAUCUCCGUCCUGGUCCUGGGGACCACCCUGACCAUCCUGAGAGAUGUGAUCCUGGUGCUAAUGGAAGGGACCCCCAAGGGCGUGGACUUCACAGCUGUCCGGGACCUGCUGCUGUCGGUGGAGGGGGUAGAAGCCUUACACAGCCUUCAUAUCUGGGCCCUGACUGUGACCCAGCCUGUGCUGUCUGUCCACAUUGCCAUUGCUCAGAACACAGAUGCCCAGGCCUUGCUGAAGGCAGCCAGCGCCAGCCUACAGGGGAAGUUCAACUUCCACACCCUGACCAUCCAGAUCGAGGACUACUCUGAGGCUAUGAAGGGCUUCCAGGCAUGCCAGGGACCCUUGGACUGACUGACUGCCUGGCCCGGUGCCAACUGGAGCACGGACAGGACCUGCAGAGGGUGGGUCCCUGUCCCCCCCAGGCCCAGCCAGGACUCUGUUGACAUUGGCUGUGUCAUAAGCCAGAUCCCUCUUCUGACUUGAGCUCCAUGUUCAGCGAGA